AUGGCACAGAGCAGCCUGAACUACGAUACGUUGCAAGAACUGUUUCAGGCGAGCGAUCAGGUGGAUGAGUUCCGCAUUGAGGAGCCGGCCUCUAAAACGAUAGAGAGCCAAAUGGAGGUUGAAAUGGACAUCCUUAAAAUAUAUGAGGACGUUCUAGGCAAAGAUAAGAGCGAAUUUCCUAUCCUUAGACGCAAGAGACAUUCCAAAUACAUUGACACAUUCUUGAACCGCCCAUUGCCCGCUCCAUUUACAGCUCUGGACGCUUCUCAGCCAUGGAUCAUCUACUGGCUUGUGAACUCUAAGGCACUUCUCGGCGAGGAAGUAAACUCAGAGCUGUCCGACAAAAUUGGCGACAAGAUUCUUGAAUGUGUGGAUGCCGAUACGGGGGCAAUCGGCGGAGGAAAUGGUCAGAUGGCCCACAUGGCUGCGACAUAUGCCGGCUUGUUGGCUUUGACGGUAAGCAAAAGUUACAAAGCUGCUAGCCAGCUUGACAGGUCCAAAAUAUACAACUGGCUUCAACAAAUGAAACAGCCUGACGGGUCUUUCAUCAUGCAUUACAAUGGAGAAGCAGACGCCAGAGCCGUCUAUUGUGCGAUCUGUGUUGCUUCUCUUCUGGAUAUCCUGGACGACAAGCUUGCGUACAAGGCGAUUGACUGGCUGGCCAGCUGCCAAACGUAUGAGGGUGGAUUUUCAGGCUUUCCUGGCGAUGAAGCUCACGGAGGAUACACUUUUUGUGCUGUGGCAGCACUGUCGAUACUAAAAUCUCCUAGAGAGUUAGCAUCUGUGAUUGAUCUCGACAAUUUGAUCAACUGGACUGUUCAAAGACAGUACAGUCUGGAGGGAGGACUCAGUGGACGCACAAACAAGCUCGUUGACGGAUGCUACAGUCAUUGGGUCGGGGGGUUGACACCAUUACUCGAGAUAGCGACUGGCCAAAGAGACCUUCUCAAUCGUAUCCAGUUGCAAAAUUACAUUCUCUGCUGUUGCCAGGAUGAGCCUGCUGGUCUGCGCGAUAAGCCGUCUACUCGGGCGGAUUUUUAUCAUACGAACUAUGUCCUUUGCGGACUGAGCAUGACGCAGCACUACCAAGAGUAUAAGGCUGGCGAAUACAUUGGACACCGGAUUUUAGAUCCGAGCAUAACAGACAUUUCGGAUGCGAACCACGUGCGCUCGCUGGACCCGAUCUAUGGUGUUCCGAGUGGACUGGCUUCCAAGAUGAUCGCUUUGUAUAGAGCUUGA